GCGAGCGCGGGUGCUCUCAGGCCUCGGUGAGCUGCGGUCCCUGGGGGUAUCAUGGCUGCAGCCGCGUGGAUGCCUACGGUUUCUCGGUUGCUAGGUGCUUUCAAAACCCCAAAACAGGUGACCAGAAGUUUUGUUAGUGCUACACAAACAGUAACUUUAAUACCAGGAGAUGGCAUAGGACCUGAGAUUUCUGCUGCAGUCAUGAAGAUCUUUGAUGCUGCUAAAGCUCCUAUUCAGUGGGAAGAGCGGAAUGUUACAGCUAUCCAAGGACCAGGAGGAAAGUGGAUGAUACCUCCAGAAGCCAAAGAAUCCAUGGAUAAAAACAAAAUGGGAUUAAAAGGGCCUUUAAAGACCCCCAUUGCUGCAGGGCACCCAUCAAUGAACCUGCUUCUGCGUAAGACGUUUGACCUUUACGCAAAUGUGCGUCCCUGUGUCUCCAUUGAGGGGUACAAGACCCCGUACACAGAUGUGAACAUCGUCACCAUUCGGGAGAACACAGAAGGCGAAUACAGCGGCAUCGAGCACGUGAUUGUUGAUGGUGUUGUGCAAAGUAUCAAGCUGAUCACAGAAGAAGCUAGCAAGCGUAUUGCAGAAUUUGCUUUUGAGUAUGCCAGAAAUAAUCAGAGAAGCCACGUUACUGCUGUGCACAAGGCAAAUAUUAUGAGAAUGUCUGAUGGGCUUUUCUUGAGAAAAUGCAGGGAGGCAGCAGAAAACUGUAAAGAUAUUAAGUUUAAUGAAAUGUAUCUGGAUACUGUGUGUCUGAAUAUGGUUCAAGAUCCAUCACAAUUUGAUGUUCUUGUUAUGCCAAACUUGUACGGUGACAUCCUCAGUGACUUGUGUGCUGGAUUGAUUGGAGGUCUUGGAGUAACACCAAGUGGAAAUAUUGGUGCUAAUGGAGUGGCAAUUUUUGAAUCAGUUCAUGGAACUGCACCAGACAUUGCAGGAAAAGACAUGGCAAAUCCAACUGCCCUUCUUCUGAGUGCUGUAAUGAUGUUGCGUCACAUGGGGAUGCACAAGCAUGCCACAAAAAUUGAGACAGCCUGCUUUGAGACAAUUAAAGAUGGAAAGGUUUUGACAAAAGACUUGGGAGGCAAUGCCAAGUGUUCAGAGUUCACAGAAGAGAUCUGCCGCAGAGUACGGGACACAGAUUAA